CCACUAUGCCGCACCUCUCGACUCUCAACGCGGCUAUGAAGACCGAAAAACGCUAUCGCUACGUCGUCAGCCCUCGAACAGAGCACCACCUGCACACGAUCGAAGAUGGCCACAGUGGCCAUGUGGGGCUGUGUCGUGGUGUGUGUGUGCGGACAUCCCUCACCUGAUUGAUGCAGUGGUCUGGAUGCGCAUCUGCAGCUAUCGCCUACGUCGAGAGGGGCACCUGUACCUGCAUGGACGAAAGGCGAUCCGCAGCCCUUAUGCUCAAAGCAUAUAUUUGUACCACUGACUGACUGACUGACCGCGUUUCGCUCGAUGCCUUUGAGCCAUCUGACGAUGAGGGCGACCUCGCCGAGCUUGAUGUGGCUGCCCAGCACCUCGUCGCUCGCCUUGCGCACAGUCAUGUUGUCGGUGUCCAGGAUUGCAGCAAACGUCGCACCAUUCACCUUCUCCUAGACACGCCAUCAAUCCAUCCAUCCAUCCCUCUCUCUUGGCAAGUGUAGGUACCUGCCGUCCUAGCAGUGUCCACCAGGUCCCGCAGCUCCUCAUCGUGCGCGAAUAUCGCCACUAUGUCGUCGUUGCUAAGUCUGGACAGCUCAACUGUCUUGAACCGAGGCACCUCAUCUGCCAAACCACACGCACACACACAGAGCCUCAUCGGUGCACCUGUCGUGUGUUGACCGACUGACCCUUCUCCUCCUUUUUGACGCCCCCUCGAGUGGCCGCAUCCGCAGCAGCCGACACACGACCUGACACCACACUCGUGCCACAUGUGUGUUGAUGCAGUGAUUGUCCCUCCUCCCCUCUCCCUCUCGUCUCACCGGCUUCCUGUUUGGUGCUGUCGUCCUUGUCCGAGUCCAGAUCGAUCGGAUUGGCUGCACCCCCCACCCCUCUCCCGCCCCCAUUGCUGCCGCCAUUGGCACCGCCAGCAGCCCCAUUCUUGUCGUGGUCCUCCCGCUCUUGUUUGACGACGCCACCAGCACCUGCCUCUCCGCCACCCUCUCCCUCCAUCAUCCUGUCGUCGACAUCAGGAGCCCCACCACCACCACCACCAGCCGCCGCACUCGCACUCGCCAGCGGAGCCGCAUUACCGCGGUCAGCACUGUGCGCACCAUGGCCCGAUGUGGGAGGAGGGGACGCAGACACGGGAGGCAUCUGCUCGUCCCGCGAAGCGGCACGCGAAUCUGAAGGAAACGAACCAGAUAAGACGACGAUGCGGCCUCUUUGUGCUCUUGUGUGUGCGUUGGUGUGUGAAUACCUGUCCGGCGACGUUUGGUGCUCCGCUUGUUGCUCUUGCCGUCCUCACGCCCCUUCCGCUUGUGCUUGCGGCCACGACGUGGGGACGGGGGAUAGGCGGCAGCGGCAGCGGCCGCUGCUGCUGCUGCAGGAGGCUCACCCUGACACGAACAGCCCAGAGAUGCGAGUGCCUUCCCUCCCUCCCUCCCCAGCCCACCUGGUCGUCGUCUGGGAAGGGGUGUUCGUUGAGCAGCUCCUCCCAGCCGGUGAUGCGGGCGACGCGGUGCUUCUCGAACUCGGUGUUGCGGUACUCAAUCGCCGCCCCGCACAUCUCACGGGCGGUGUCAUGCUCAUCCAGGCGGAGAUACUUGCAGCACACUGUCGCGUUGUUCCGCUGCAGCCUGAUGCAGAGUCUGGUGCACCUCGUCGCGUCUGCCACGCUGAUGCCCAGACCAAUUUCAUGCCCCUCUUGGCCUUGAGCUUAUCGAGGAACUUCUGCAGAGCGCGCCGCAUAGCUGCCGACAUAGACAGGACAAAGACCACAUGGACUGGCCACACGUGGUGUGGUGUGCUGUCUGCUGUCAGCGAGUCGUACGUACCCUUACGCUGGCGCUGGGUCUCCUGCUUGAGUGCGUCGGGUGAGCGGGAGGGGGAGCGGUCCAUGGCCUGAAAGCAAUGAAUGCCACACGCGAACACAGAGUGGCAUAGACCGCCGGCAUGAGUGUCUGUCUUCAUCCUACCUCUCCGUCGCCUUCUUCGGCUGAUGAGCCCUCGUCGUCCUGACAGGAACAGACGCGAGUACGUUACGACAAGUGUGACGACUGACCACGCUGCGCUGCCGGUGACUGUCAUCUAUCUAAGUCACCUGCUGUGCGUCACAGUCAUCGUCCUCCCCGCUGCAAGGGCUGUCGUCGUCCUCGUAGUCGUCAUCUUCGGCAGCGUCCUCAUCCUCCUUGGUCGCCCUCUUUCGCACCUUGGCCGCCUUCUGCUUGGCCACCUUCUGCUUGGCAGCACGCGCCGCACGACCAUCACUGCGAGAAUAUGAUCCACCCAUCUCCUCAUCACCAUCACCCACACCUGACACACAGACCAAACACAGCACAACUUUCCACAGCCAUUCUGUGCCCCUCCUCUCUCUUCCGAACCCACCUCUUCUAUUGUUAGACGCUCCACGCCGGCUCGUCACCCCUCCCUUUCCCGUGCCCUCCCGGACCUCGCCCGACCGCUUCUCGACGCCCUGGCUAUGGCGGCCGUCAUCUCGACCACCGUGACGGCUGCUGCGCCGUGGCUGAUGGGCGCCAGCGUCCGUCAUCUCCUCCUUGACAGACGACUCAUGGGCGGCAGCAGGAACGUCCGGCUCCUCUUCCUUCUUGAGUGACGGUGAGCGGCCAGCAGGGGCGCUUGCCAUGAUUGAUCACAGAUCUAUGCGAGGAGGAGCGGUAUAUCCCGCGGUGACUAGCCGCGCA